AUGGAGGGACUAAUAGAUCCAGAGUCGAUUUACAUGAAGCAGAAUUGUAUUGGGGGUGGGAGUUUCGGGCGUGUCUACAAAGGGGUCGAUAAGCGGACGGGCGCCUCUGUCGCAAUCAAAAUUAUCGAUGUGGAAAAUGCCGAAGACGAAGUCGAAGACAUCAUUCAAGAAAUUGCCAUCUUAUCCGAACUCAACUCCCCAUAUGUGACAAGGUACCAUGGCUCUUUUUUGAAGGGUUCAAGCUUAUGGAUAGUUAUGGAGUUCUGCUCUGGGGGCAGUUGUUCUGAUUUGAUGCGCCCGGGGACAAUCCCAGAGGAUUAUAUCAUGAUCAUCCUGAGAGAGCUCCUUCGAGGACUCGACUAUCUUCACAGCGAUAAGAAGUUACACCGCGACAUCAAAGCUGCAAACAUUCUUUUGACUUCAAGCGGGCAGGUAAAACUGGCAGACUUCGGUGUCUCUGGUCAACUAUCAGCAACGAUGACCAAGAAGAACACUUUUGUAGGUACACCUUUCUGGAUGGCUCCAGAGGUUAUCAAGCAAUCGGGGUAUGAUUACAAAGCGGAUAUAUGGUCCCUUGGGAUCACAGCAAUUGAACUGGCCAAUGGAGAACCUCCAUAUUCUGAUAUUCAUCCGAUGAAAGUCUUGUUCCUGAUCCCCAAGAACCCUCCCCCUACUUUGCAAGGAAACUAUAGCAAGGCUUUCAAAAACUUCGUUGAGCUGUGCCUGCGCCGCGAUCCUAGAGAACGACCGUCAGCCAGGGAAUUACUCGAACACCCUUUCAUCAAGAGGGCGAAGAAGACCAACUAUUUGACAGAAUUGAUUGAACGCUAUGAGCGGUGGCAUGCUGUCUAUGGUAACAAAAACGCCGAUGAUGAAGAAGAACCUGCAUAUGAGCCUCCACCGAAGCCCACAAACGCCGAAGACGAAGAUGAUCUUUGGGAUUUUGGGACUGUACGCCCCGCUGGACGGGGCCCUGGUCUAAAGCCCAUGAAAGAAGCGGAGAUGAACACACGAGGUCACGAAUCGACAGAGUGGGAGCCUAAAGAUCGGCCACCAAGAGAAUCAGUGGAAACAAAUAGUUACACACCGCAGAGGCCUACACAGACGAAGCACAUUCCUACUGCUGCAUCAAAGCCUUCGUCACCAACGAAAGUUCCGUUACCACCAUCCCCAUUGAAACAGGGCCCGGCAGAGGUCAAGCCUCAAACACCUUCCCACCUUCAGAGACCGAAUCCCCAAAAGCUAAAAGAAAGCCCCGGCACUGAAUACGAUAAAGCUCUACAACAAUCCCUGGCCCAAGACAUAUCUUUUCUUCAUAUUGAUCCUACCCCAGAAAGUCCCUCGCCCUCCGUAAAAAGCCGGAGUGCCGUUCCAGUACCACAAGAAUCUAGAAAAGCCAAUUUAUCUCGCCCUUCGGGGUUCCCAUCACAUCCGGAACGCAUGUCAGCACAGCCCUUACGGCGUCCUUCGGACCAAAGUCCUAGACCUGCAGUGGAAUCCCGUCCUCACCACCAGGUGUUCCAACCGCAUCCUCGCCCACCACCAACACCAAGACACGCAUCUCCCCAACCACAACGACUUCCCCAGACACCGAUGCAGCCUCCUGGUCUGGGGAGUAGUUUCGGUCCGCCUCACCGUGGCAUAGAUCCCAAUAUACAGCCUAGUGUUGGAAUACCUCCAUCAAACGAAAUUACUGCGCUGAAUAGUGUCAUCCUACCUGCUCUGAAGGCAGCCGUUCGCCGUCGUUCUCGUCGCUUGGAACUUCUAUCGCGCAACCCUAGUGCAGAAAAUGGCCAUACCAGAAUGGAGACAUAUGAACUCCAAUCAAAUCGGGAAUAUGUCCAGCAAAUGAUGGAGUCUCUCGUGAACGAUUUAGGCGGAAUAUUUACAAGGAUUGAGCGUUGGGACAACGAAGCACCCGUCGGAAUGGGCGCUGAUGUCUCCUCAUUCUUGGAAGGAUUCCUCGAAGAAGUACUUGUUAGAAUUGAACCGGCUGAUGAAGAAUUACCAACGCCCAGUAACUGAAUAGUUGGCACAUGGGCCUCCUACGUUCGCCUUUGACUUUUUCUCGUGAGCAGCUUUACACACUAAAGAGUCAAUUGUACAUUGAAGUUGGUCUUCCGGGCUUGCAAUGUGCAUAUGGGAAGCUUAUUGUCCGGACAUUUGAUUUUAGCUUGCUGACGAAGACACAUACAUGAACUCAGACACCGCUGCAUAAAUGAUUGAACACGCC